AUUUGCGUGUGUGUAUCAUUCACAUAUGUCUACUAGUAAUAGGCAGCAUGACAAAAUGAGUCCAUGGAAACGGUUGCUAGACUGACUUAACAGCAGCCUACGGAAGUUUUCAGACGCUUAGGUAACAAUGGAGCUACUGAACCAAUGCAGCGCCCCUUCCGGUUUCUUCAUCUCUCGCCUAGCUCAGCUUUCCCAGGGUUGCCUUUGACCCCGGAAGUCAGGCUUUCCGGGUUCCUCCCUCCCUAAGAUGGCAGCAGCCGAAGACGAGUUACUGUUACCGCGGCUCCCUGAGCUGUUCGAAACCAGCAAGCAGCUUUUGGACGAACUGGAAAUCGCAACUGAGCCCACCGGCUCCCGAAUAAUCCAAGAUAAGGUGUUCAAGGGACUGGAUCUCCUGAAGAAGGCUGCUGAAAUGUUGUCGCAGCUCGACUUGUUCAGCCAAAAUGAAGAUUUGGAGGAGAUCGCGUCCACCGACCUGAAGUACCUGAUGGUGCCAGCAUUUCAAGGAGCGUUCGCCAUGAAACAAGUCAAUCCCAGCAAGCGUCUAGAUCAUUUGCAGUGGGCUCGAGAACACUUUUUAAACUACUUAACUCAGUGCCAGCACUAUCAUGUGGCAGAGUUUGAGCUGCCCAAAACCAAGACCAACUCAGCUGAAAAUAACACUGCUAAUUCCUCCAUGGCCUAUCCUAGCAUCGUUGCUAUGGCAUCUCAGAGACAGGCUAAAAUAGAGAGAUACAAGCAGAAGAAGGAGGUGGAGCAUAGGUUGUCUGCACUGAAAUCUGCUCUGGAAAGUGGUCAAGCAAAUGAUGAGCAUGUUCGUGAAUAUUACCUCCUUCACCUUCGAAGGUGGAUUGGUAUCACCUUAGAAGAGAUUGAGAGCAUUGACCAGGAGAUAAAGAUCUUGAGAGAAAAAGACUCCACAAAAGAGGCAUCAACUUCUCAGUCAUCUCGUCAGGACAGGCCUCCAAUGAAACCAUUUGUUCUCACUCGGAACAUGGCCCAAGCCAAAGUAUUUGGAACUGGUUAUCCAAGUCUGGCAUCUAUGACAGUGAAUGACUGGUAUGAACAGCAUCGGAAAUUUGGAGCAUUACCAGAUCAGGGAAUAGCCAAGACAACGUCAGACUUCAAAAGAGCCACUUACACUUUGGGGCCUAACCUGAACAUAGAAUCUCUCCUGAGAUAUUUUCUGUGUUACACCAUUAAACAUCCUCCUAGCAACUGUGCUUUAGGAACAUUAUUUUCCAAUUUACCCACUCGUAAAGUCAUUAAGGCAAAUGAAAACAUCGACAUGAGUUUUCAGUACACGGGUUUCUUCUCACCAGGCAUGAAUCUGGAUAUUUGA